GCUAUUUGUGUACGUCUACUUGGUACGUGCGGAGGUGAUAAGUGGUUGCUCUAAACUUUACAAAUUGUGUACUUUAACUUUUGUACUAAACUAAAGUGAUAGUGUAGCGGUACGCGGUAUAGGUACGUAGAGCUAGACACGCCUUCAUCAUUCUGUUCAACUGGCAUAUGUGUAAUUGCAAUUUUGUCGUCGGCCGUUCAUCAGAAGUGUACGCAUCACAAUGUCAUCUGACAGGAUUUUCGCAGCCAACGAAGACUGCGCGCCAUCAUGGAAGAAAGCCGAUGCCGAUUUUAACGCUAAUGACACGCAUCUAGAGAUCAUGGGAAAACCAGUCAUGGAACGAUGGGAGACACCUUACAUGCACAAACUAGCCACCAUUGCCGCUAGCAAAGGUGGGCGUGUCUUGGAGAUAGGCUUUGGUCUGGCCAUUGCUGCAAGCAAGAUUGAACAACAAAAUAUUACCGAACACGUCAUCAUUGAAUGCAACGACGGAGUAUUUGAAAGAUUGGAAGAAUGGGCCAAACAACAACCACACAAGGUGACACCAUUAAAGGGAAUGUGGGAAGAGGUCGUCCCAACACUGAAAGACGAGCAGUUUGAUGGGAUUCUAUAUGACACCUUUCCCCUCUCGGAUGACACUUGGCACACCCAUCAGUUUCCCUUCUUGAAGGGCCACGCCUACCGGUUGCUGAAACCGGGCGGGGUGCUGACUUACUGCAACUUGACGUCAUGGGGCGAGUGGAUGAAGUCCAAAUAUGAAGACAUCGAGGUCAUGUUUAAGGAAACCCAAGUGCAUCACAUCGUGGAGGCUGGCUUUAAGGCAGACAACAUCAGCACAGAGUUGCUUCCAAUCACCCCGGAGCCUGGGUGCAAAUAUUACUCCCACAACGUCAUGAUAGCACCCACCAUUCUCAAGUAAGCAAGAUCGCAAGAUAACAACAUGUUGGGCGUUACCAUACACGCACGACUUCUUUCAGCCUACUAGGACUACAGUUUCGUAUUGUAUUUUGAUGAAUUGUUCUGAUGAACGUGUUUGGAAAACUUUAAUAACAGGGAAAGAGGGGUUUUAAUUCUUUUGAAUGAAUUUCAUGUCUUACAGCGUAGAGAAGUUCUUGAAUUAACACAAAAAUAAGCUAACUGAGAAGGAUAUACAUGUAGUUGGUUUCUAGCAUUAUAAAAAUUAACACAGGCUAACAAAGUGCACUUGUUCAGAUUAAUAAAGAUGUCAUUUUGAAGUGGAAUUAGAUUAAAGAGGUCUUGACUUGAUCUUGGGAACUUUUAAUUAGGGGGAAAUUAAGGAAAAGAGAUACAAUGCUACUGUUGCACAUAUUUAAUGAAUAUUUUAAAAAUGAAAUGUUUAAUGGUGCUGUUUGUAUAUAUCAAGGUCUCAAAGUUAUAUCAAAGUUAAAAUUGUUAUACUUCAGACAUCUGAAUCCAUAGUAAUGAAAGCAAUAUGAUGAUUUUGAAGAACCAGCGGCUAUUUUAAAUUGUUCAUGUUUACAGUAUUCUUAAGAGGAUUUGUUACACAUGAAAAAAAAAAAAUACUUUCGUGAAUGAUUGUUUUGUCUAUUUUGAGAAAGGGCAUGAUGACUUUUUACUUUGUGAAAUUAUUUUAACAAAAAAAAUCCAGAAAUGUAUUCUAUUUAUUUGGAUGGCAGUUCCUGUUAUUUUGUAUACACUAAUGAAUUUGGUAAUGGGCUAUUAUUUAGGAUUUUGGAGGUAAGUGGGGUAUUAAUAACCAAUUUUCUGAACCUAAAUAUUUUCAAAAAUCGAAAUGUUUUUCAGGGGGAGCUUAGCAUUAGCCUAACGAAGAGUGUAUAUCAUACAAUAUGGUACUAAUGUUAAAUUGGUACCACAUCAUUUUUUGAUAAUUUUUUGAAAUCGGGCAUUUUGUGUGUGCAGAAUUUCUCAGGGAUGAGCAGAUGUGCAGUAGUUCCCACAAAAAGACACAGUAGCCUAACCGUUAUCAAACUGUUGUCCAAUUAAUUCAUGUUUGGAAGAAAAAGAUUUUGAUGGAUAAUUGUAUUUGUAACAAAUUAGUAAUCAACUUUAAUUGUAAUAAUUUAUUAAUCAUUCAUUUAACAACUGGUUCUUCCCAGAACAUUACAACUCACGGUGCUACCACAAAUCUUCCAUACUUUCAUGUAUUAAUCAAUUCAAAACGCAAUUUAUGUUCAAUUAAUUAAUGAUUAAAAACUCAAUUCUGAACUGAUAUUGUUGAGCAACUGUAGCAAUUUACCAAGCCACGUUUACGCAACUCCUAAACUCAAUGAUCACUACUCCAAUAAGAGAUGAAGGUUUAACAAAAGGAACAAAUAAUUCCACAAACAGUCAUUCCUUUUUAAAUAUUGGUUUAUUCGGACUAAAAAAUAAAACUCCAUAUUUGUAGAAUUUGCCAAGUUUUGAAAUGGAUUGCAUUAAAAUGUUCUUUAAAUUGCACUUUACUUUAUUGCACAGAC